CACGAAAGCAUUCCGGGAGCAGAAAGAUCAAUAGCAAGAAAAUACGCCAGACAUUAAAGUUUAAGGCGUUGUUACUGCAAUCGCCUACGACUGGAUUUUAGUUUAACCCUGAUUUAUUAUUAUUAUUAUUAUUAUUAUUAUUAUUAUUAUUAUUAUUAUUAUUAUUAUUAUUAUUAUUAUUAUUAUUAUUAUUAGCAAGUGCCUUUUACUCGCAAAGAUGCCCAAAGGUUUUCUCGUGAAAAGAAACAAAAAAUCAGCGUCUGUUUCAUACAGGAUCCGCUGUGAUGAGGACGACAAGGACCAUAUGAAGGCGUUGCAGAACCAAAACAGCUCAUCUCCACCUGUCUCUGUCUCAUCCAGUCCCGAUCGCGUUGCUGCAUCACCAAACUCUACUGCUGACUCUCCCGCUGCCGCUGCGGAGGAUGUGAAACCGAUCCAGUUCGGUAACCCGGAUAGCGUGUGCCUGGCUCUCUACAGCCCCACCCGCCCUAUCAGCAAAGAACACGGAAGGACAUUUUUCGAGAGAAGUUUCAACCUGGGCUCCCCGAUAUCUGCCGAGUCCUUCCCAACCCCUGGGGUUCUCGCCACCUUAGACCAGUUCCUCUUUGCCCCUGUGGACUUGAAAAUCGGUUCCAGCAACAGCAACCAAAGCCGUGCCGUCAGCUCCAUCCUCCCUGCUACAAUCAGAACCCCAAAUAAAAGACCUCUGUCAGACCCUGAGCGCAAAAGCAAACCCUCUGUAAAGAAACCCAAACCGAUCAGGAAACUUCAUUUCGAAGACGAAGUCACUACAUCCCCGGUCCUGGGUCUCCGGAUCAAGGAAGGACCGGUUGAUCUAAAACCAAGGCCACUGUCAGGUGGAGGGAACAAACCUUUGGGGGAAUUCAUCUGUCAACUGUGCAAAGAAGAGUAUGCCGAUCCCUUCUCACUAGCCCAGCACAAAUGCUCCAGGAUCGUCAGAGUAGAGUACAGGUGUCCAGAAUGUGACAAGGUAUUCAGCUGCCCUGCAAACCUGGCAUCCCACCGGCGCUGGCACAAGCCCAGACCCCAAAACCCAACCACAAUACCCACAGCUCUGAGUGGCAAGCCUGAUAGCGCAAAGGUGCCAUCUGGUAACCUUAAAGCCAUGCCAGAAGACAUAAAAGAGACCAGAACCGAAAACGCAAACGAUCGGGAGACGCCCAGCCCGGGCUUAUCUGAAUCGGGUUCAGAGGAUGGCCUUUACGAUUGCAACCAGUGCGGGAAGAGGUUCAAACGCCAGGCUUACCUGAGAAAACAUCUCCUGGGACACCAAGCCCUACAGAACAAGACCAACAAAGAUCGCGUCAUGUACCCGUCCUUUCCAGAUGUAGAGAGCGGCGAGAAUCACAACCAGAUGUCCACCUCUGUGGAAACGCAAAGCCAAACUCCCAUCAAUCUGAGUUCCAUGGAGUGCCACCUGUGCCCCGUCUGCGGAGAGACCUUUCCCAGCAGAGCGAGUCAAGAGCGCCACCUUCGCCUUCUGCACUCCUCCCAAGUCUUUCCGUGCAAGUACUGCCCGGCCACUUUCUACAGCUCCCCGGGUCUUACAAGGCACAUCAACAAAUGCCACCCAUCAGAAAACAGGCAAGUCAUCCUUCUUCAAAUGCCUGUCCGUCCUGCCUGCUAAAACCACUAGAUCAGAUGGGCCUUUAUUUAAAAAAUAAUCAUUAAAAAGCGAAUGCCAUCUAUAAAAGAAGAGACAGCAACACAUGAACCGGUGACAACGGUGUGUGUACUAGAUAGAGCGCAGCACGUACACACACUGUUUCAAAACUGACUGUGGACGUUUAAAUAAUCCAUGGAGCUAUAACUCGAAGGCUAUAUUUUUCAGAUUCCUCUUACUUUAGUUUUCAAAAAGUUAGUUUGACUGUUAGAAGUAUUUUUAUAGAACUGUUGCACAUGUUAUAAUGUAAUAGCUUCUAGACCUAAGAAGGGAUUAAAAAAAAAACAACACACAAAUCAUGCCUUUCAAUUCACAGGCUGUACAUUUCGCUCUAUCACUUUAUUAGCUUUAUUACAGCUUGUGAACCGCUGGAGAUUGACAUGUAGCUUUGUCAUGGAACAAAUCAAAAAUCUUUAUACGUUAAUUUAGUGUAGCCAUAAAUGCCUUGGAUUACUGUUACUUUACACAUAACCAAUCUUGCUGUAAACUGCCUUAAAAGUUAACUGUAAACAUUCAUAUGAUUGUUUAAAUAUUUAAUGAAGUUCUUAUGAUUUUAUUAUCGCAAUAUGUGUUGGUCAAUGAUUGUUUUAUUUAUUUAUUCAAAUCGCAAUGUUUUUUGUGUAUAUUAUUGUUUUUUGUGUGAUUAAGUAAAUAAUUCUGACAUUUAUUUUACAUGUUUUAGCCAAAUAUUUGUGUUUGUCAAACUGAUUAUUAUUAUUAUUUGUUUAUUUAGCAGACGCCUUUAUCCAAGGCGACUUACAGAGACUAGGGUGUGUGAACUAUGCAUCAGCUGCAGAGUCACUUACAACUACGUCUCACCCGAAAGACGGAGCACAAGGAGGUUCAGUGACUUGCUCAGGGUCACACAAUGAGUCAGUGGCUGAGGUGGGAUUUGAACCGGGGACCUCCUGGUUACAAGCCCUUUUCUUUAACCACUGGACCACACUGCCUCCUUUUAGUUUUUAGUUCUUUUUUCGCUCUCUCUCUCUCUCUCUCUCUCUCUCUCUCUCUCUCUCUCUCUCUCUCUCUCUCUCUCUCUCUCUCUCUCUCUCUCUCUCUCUCUCUCUCUCUCUCUCUCUCUCUCUCUCUCUCUCUCUCUCUCUCUCUCUCUCUCUCAAAAAUACACAGCUCUUGUAAAAUGUAUAGCUCUCACUUUAGAUGCAAUCUUUUUCUAUACACAGGUUAUUUUCUUAAAUGUUAGCGUUGAUAUAGUGCUACAAUGGUAUGUUUCAACUGGGUUUGUCAUCUAUUUAAAUAAAAUAUUUUCAAAUUGAAA